AUGCGAGCUACAGGAACUGUCCACGAUGCCACUGGAAUCUUCCCAUGUGCUUUUGUGAAGAUCAUUCAAGACUUACCCCUGGAGGAGGGCACUAUCAAUUGGCUGCGCUGCUAUUACCAGGAUGACACUCUCCACAGCAUCAGGGACAUAUCAGUGGAAGAGGACCUGAGCAGCACCCCAUUGUUCAAGGACCUCAUGGCAUUAAUGAGAGCUACACUAACCACUGGCUCCUCACUAGGGGAUGAGGCUCAGCCCAAGAACCUUCGCUGCCGCUUCAAUGGGGUUGAUCGGCUAAUGUGCAGCUGGGAAGUGAGGAGAGAGGUCACCAGCUCUGUCUUGUUCACGCUCUUCUACAGAACCCCACCGACAUCAGAAGAGACAGAAUGCUCUCCAGUCCAUGAGAAGGAAUUGCCUGGCAGCCACUACCUGCUCCACAGCUGUGAGAUCAAUGUCACCAACCCCAGCAGGCUGAGCCAGUACCUCAUAACUGUCCGGCCCAAGAAGGAGGAGAAACUGAUUCAAGCCUACCAAAACAUCAAGCCGCUUGCGCCUAUCAACGUGACAAUGACAAAGAUGAAAGAUCAGGAGUAUGAGCUGAGAUGGACAAAACAGAUCCUAAGCUAUGACCAUAUAGGCCAGAGAUAUGAAUUCUUGUAUUGGAAGACUGGUGACUCCUUGGAGAAUGCCCAGAUUGUAAACAUCAGCAAUGACAAGCCUCCCUUCAUCAUCACCCUGCAGAUGCUGGAGCCCUCCACACACUAUAGGGGAAAAAUGCGGGCGAGGGUGCACUCGGAUACCUACACGGGGCCCUGGAGCGAGUGGAGUGAGGACUGCACCUGGGAAACUGAGAGUGCUGCCUCAGCUGGGUCACAACUGAUUCUCCCAUUGCUGGUCCCAGUCUUCAUCAUCAUGCUGAUAGCCUUUGGCUGGUGUGGUUAUAGAUGCCUACUCAGCAAGAAGAAAAAAUGGGAGGAAAAGAUUCCAAAUCCUGGCAGGAGUCAGCUGCUCCAGAGCUACCUCCAGAAAAUACCGCUCGGGAUUUCAUUGCCAAGCAGCCAGCUGGACUUUGGCAAGCAGGGCCCUUCCGAAAAGAUGGAUGUGGCCAGCUGCAUCCAAGUGCUGGAUGGACCGAUGAAAGUUAGUUCAGCAGAGCUCCCUGCAGCCGUGGCCGAUAGGAGGAUGUGCUUCCUUGGUGCACCGGACCCAGAGAACCCGUAUCAGACUCUUGAAAUGACAACUCCAGCUCCACAUCCUGCAGCCCCGGCUGGCUGCCAUUCAAGUCAGGGCACCAAUCAGUCCCUGUCACCAGCCACGCUCCCCUGGAGGAGCAGUGCUAAGGUCACUGCUUCUCAGGCACCCAUGUCCUGCUUUGACUUUAAUGGUCCAUACUUGAACCUCCCCCAUGGGUGCUCUCUGCCUGACAUUCAUCAGGACCGGGAAACUGCCCCACUGGGAACCAGGGGGAGGCUAGCGUCCCUGGAGUAUGUGUCCCUACCCCAGGGGGCCUCUUCCCAGACCCUGCUGGUGGGGGAGGAGAGAGAAGCAGCUCAGCUCCACCCCGUCUCACUUCCUGCUCAGAAAGAGAUGAAGCAGCCCCUUGCUGGAAGGCAAGAAGGGUCACAAGGCCAACCAGCAGGUGAGGAAGUGGCACAAGGGGACACCGAAGGUCAAAAGUCACAGAUUGCUGCCAUCUUAAACAACUCCUGUCAGAAGUGGCCAGUGGGAUACGUCACCACGGAAGAUCUGUCACUGAUGUCAGCAAGAGAUUCUGCCCAUCUGUCCCCUGCACUGGCCCCGCCGGAGAGAAUGCUCACUGCUGCUGCCAUGUUGUCAUCCAACCCACAACUGCCCCAUGCCACGGAGGGCACCUCUAGCCCUGAGUUGGGCCCUGAAAAACCUGGUGUCACAGUCCCAGUUCCGUUUCCAGCAUCAGCCAAUCUCUCUGGAUUUGAGAGCUAUGUUAUGUUCCCCAAGGCACUCUAUGGUACCCCAGAACCCAUCAGUUUUUCCCCACCCAUCCUCUCAGAGGGGGUUGAUUUUGCUAAAGCAGAGUCUGGGCAAGAGGACAAUGUGGUCAUGUUCAACCCCGACGGCACCGGGCCAGUUUUUCUACGUCAGGUGGGGGAAUACUGCUUCUUUCCUGGCCUCAAACCUGGUGAGAAGACCCCCGUGGGUGAGAAAGACCCCCUGGCUGAUCAGACAUCAGAAGCCAGACAGGCAUUUGGAAAGCCGCCCUGUGAUGGAGGAUCUGUCAAUGGCAAGCGAGAGCCUGCACUUCACAUGCAGGCCAUUCAGCUCUUCAAAACCCUGAAGUGUGACGAUUACUUUGUGUUGCCUCCGUGGGCAGGACAGGAACCAGCUGUCAGGGCCAAGGAACUGUGCUAGCGCUGUGAGAGGACUGGUGAGGGCAAGAGAGGUGAAUGGAUGAAAAGUCCCCCACUCGAAGCAUGUUGCCUCUUCUUGUCAUCACUGUUUCCCCUCCCGAACCCAGGCAGGAAAAACACAAAGGGCAAUUCUUCUUUCCAGCCCUCCUUCUUCCAAAGUGGGUGGCAGAUGUCAAUCAGCACAUGUCCUCCUCAGCUGUAUCAGUGUACUUGGCUAGAGAAACCAGGAAACCUAUCCCCAUUGGAGAGAUCUGCUCAUUACACGGAGCUCUAGUCCUCCUGCCAUUAUCAUGUAAGUCUUGCCAUGCUUCUGCUGCAAUGUAAUGUUGAGUUCAACACAAACUUCACGGCAUGAAUGAUCAAAUGUCAUGUCAUGGAUAAGAUUCUGGUGCAAGCACCUGGAAUGAAAUGCCUCGCAUUCUGAAAACAGAUCUAGGUUAUUUAGAGAGAUAAUACUCAUCCAGAAGAAUUGGUGUUGGAAGGAUGUAGAUACCAAGGAGGGAUUGGAAUUGUUAAGGAUGGGACAAUGUGGGUCGGAGUAAAGGGGUGAAACAGCAAUGGGGAAACUUGGCUGCAGCUGAAGAAACCUUUCCUACCUGUGACUCUGUCCUGCAGAAUAAUGUCUCUAGGGAGGUGGUGGAAGCCCCAUCACCAGGACACACAAAACCAGACUGGACAAAGACAGGGAGGAUAUAUAUUA